GACAAGGUCAGCGUGAAAAAUCAACAUGGCAGAGCACAGCAAAGGAGGCAUUUUCACGAGAGCGCAAAAAACUCUAACUCGUACAAAAGCUAAGGUUCUACAGAAUCUUGGAAAAGCUGAAAAGACCUCCGAUGAAAAGUUAGACGAAUAUGUUCACAAGCUUGACAAACAGCAGGAAACUGCAAACAAAUUCCAGAAAGAACUACGCACCUACAUCAAUGCUGCAAAAGCGAUGCAGAAUGCUUCAAGGUCCUUGUUUACCACAAUACAGGAGACAUACGAGGACGAAUGGGACGGUGGAAAUAAGAUACACGAAAACCUCCAGGUAUGUGUUGUGUUAAAAUUGGGGUGUAUUAUAGGAUACAGUAUCUGGGGGUGUUCAGAUAACCUUAAGGUGUAUUAUAGGAUACAAAAAUGGUGUAUCCACAAACAUUUCCAACAAACAUUUUCUUUGUUUGCAGCGAUGCAGAAUGCUUCAAGGUCUUUGUUUACCACAAUACAGGAGACAUACGAGGACGAAUGGGACGGUGGAAAUAAGAUACACGAAAACCUCCAGUCCGUGGAGUUAAUGUGGGCAGACUACAUCCAGAAUCUUCAGGAAAGAGUGCAAGAACCAAUGACGGCAUAUAUCAGUCAUAUCACCCCCCUCAGGGCACGGAUUGCCAAGCGAGGACGUAAGCUGGUCGACUACGAUAACACACGACACAAUCUGGAAGUCGUACAGAACGCAAAAAAGAGGGACGAAAACAAAAUAUCCAAGGCAAAGGAAGAUGCUGAACAGGCAAAGAUGAUUUACACAGAAAUGAACGACUACCUCCAUGUGGAUCUCCCCGAAUUCUACAAAAGUCGUGUAAGUCUGUAUGGCUCGACAUUCGACAAACUGUUUGGCUCAGAAUGUAUGUUUCACUCUGAACUUGGAAAGUUAGCUGAAGAUAUUGGUAACUUUGCCAAGAAGUUAUCAGAUGAGAACCAGUUUACCUACAGACCACGCCCCAUUAGCAAGGCUUUAUCACACGAAAACACACAUGUAGUUAAUGGUGAGAAUGGCGACCAUACCAACGGCAACAGUGGGUACGAGUCCUCCAGUCCGGCGACAACACCUACAAGGCCAUCACAACCUCCCAUGUUAAACGGCCAUGAUGAAGACGAAGGACAUCAUUCACCGCCAGAAAGCCCAUUGUAUCAGAACAACUUGUCCUUCCAAGAAACUGUGGCCUUGUCCCCACCUCAGGUGGAGAGUAAACCAGACACGGAGGAGACGGCUUCACCUCAGGACGAGAGUGAGCCAUCACAGCCAGCCGAUGUUGAGCAGACAUCCCCCACACACGAGGAGGUCACCACCACUCAGUCUGAGGAGAAUGAAGAAAAAGUUGAAGAAAUGACCAAAUCUCAGGAAACACCCACCUCUGACGACACACCCUCUCAGGAAGUACCCGACAAGGUAAAUCCAGAUGAUGCGCCGGACUAUCCUCCACCAGCUGUCCCGACAAUCCCUCCUCCCACCACCAGAGACUCGCCUGUGAUGCAGAUGACAGAAGAGGAAUCAUUACCUUCAGAAGAGCCGGAGCCUCAAGCAGAGGAAGCUGUAACACAAGCACCAGUGUAUGAUAUUGUUCCGUCACCAGCAGAAGCUAAACCUAAAGAGGACGAAGUGGACAUGAGUAAAUUCAAUGAUGACAAUUUAUAUGAAGUGCCAAAGUCAAAUGCACCAUUGGAAGAGAAACUACCGGACGGAGCUCUGUAUAAGGUUGUGACGACUCACUCCUACAAGAGAGAAGACGAUGACGAACUCAGUUUUGAGAAGGGUGACAUCAUAUAUGUAAUGACUUAUAAUGGCUCCGAGGAUUUGGACGAUGGCUGGUUGAUGGGUAUGAAGAAAUCGACUGGAAUUUUGGGUGUUUUCCCAGAAAACUUCACGAAGCGUGAAAACUGAUGGACUGUUGUAACCCAACUAAUUCAAAAGCUUCUAAAUGGCCAGUUGACUGAUAUCAGUUUCAGGAGUUUCACAUCAUAGUUUGCGAUCUCUUUGACAUCAGGAAAAGGAAUGUUGAUCGAGUAUUCACAAGGAAUGUUCGCAUUUGCAGAUCAUUGUGUUAGGUCUGCGUCAAAAAAGCUAUUUUGUGUUCAAAAUGGGUGUACUUGAUUUGUGAGAAUAGGUGAAAGUACAGUAAGCACAGUGCCAAUCAAACAUAAAAGAACAAUGUUCAGAAUAUGUUUUGAGUAUUGUACUCUCUUCAGACAGGAUCAGCAGAAUAAAACAGAACUUCUCUCCCUGUUACCGUCCUGUGUUCAGAAUUCUUCUACAAAACCCUAGAUCAACCUCAUCCCUGACAUUUCCUAAGUUGUAAAAUUCUGUAUGGAUUUUCAUUCAUAUCUGACUUCUCUUUGUAUUUAUAUUCAGGCAAAGAACAUUAUGCUUGUCAUAUUCUGGUUACGAAUAUUUACAGAUUGCUUGACAUGUUACAAAGGUAUGGUUUAUGAGUUACCUCCGUAAUGAAUACUACAGGGACUAAAACACAGGGUAUUUCUCAUAGCGACAGGUUGAAUAUACAGAGAUGUGUUUACAGUGGAACCUACUUAUUGUGGUUUAUAACCUUGUAACAUGGUUUAUAACCAAGUUACCAUGGUUUGUAAUCUAGUUACCAUGGGUUAUAGCCUAGUUGUCAUGGUUUAUAGCCUAGUUACCAUGGGUUAUAACCUAGUUGCCAUGGUUUAUAGCCUAGUUACCAUGGGUAAUAACCUAGUUAUCAUGGUUUAUAGCCUAGUUACCAUGGGUUAUAACCUACAGUAGUUAUCAUGGUUUGCAAUCCAGUUACCAGGUUUAUAAUCUAAUUGUCAUGGUUUAUAGCAUAGUUAUUACGGUUUAUAACCUAGUUACCACGGUUUAUAACCUAGUUACUGUGGUCUAACCUAGUUACUGUCGAAGUCACAGCAGUGUAACUGUAAAUUAUAAUACUCACAUUAAGGGUAUACAAACCAUUACAAUGUUCACAAACUGUGAUGGAUGUAUAUAUAUAUACAGUGAAAUCUGCCCAGUCUGUGAUGUAUGUACUACAAGGUAUUACUGUACUGCAAUAUAACUUCUUUGUGCAAUUUUAUAAUUGUUUGUUUCUAUCUAUGCAAUGAUUUGUUGAGUGUGUAGGAAAUGGCUAGCAUUCCUGUGAUGGCCAUACAUGUAUAAAAAGUUAUAUAAUAGAUGUGAAGGUCGAUGGGUAGGACAUGAUAGACAAUGUUAGGAUCCGUUGUAGGACAUAAUAUACAAUGUAAGGACCCAUGGGUAUGACAUAAUAUACAGUGUUAGGAUCCGUUGUAGGACAUAAUAAACUAUUUUAAGAUCUAUUGUAGGACAAACAAUUUUAGUAUCCAUGGUUAGGACAUAAUAAACAAUGUUAGGAUUCGUUGUAGGACAUACUAUACAGUGUUAGGAUCCAUGGGUAGGACAUAAUAUAUAAUGUUAGGAUCCAUGGGUAGGACAUAAUAUAUAAUGUUAGGAUCCAUGGGUAGGACAUAAUAUAUAAUGUUAGGAUCCAUGGGUAGGACAUAAUAUAUAAUGUUAGGAUCCAUGGGUAGGACAUACUAUACAGUGUUAGGAUCCAUGGGUAGGACAUAAUAUAUAAUGUUAGGAUCCAUGGGUAGGACAUAAUAUAUAAUGUUAGGAUCCAUGGGUAGGACAUAAUAUAUAAUGUUAGGAUCCAUGGGUAGGACAUA